CACAUGUUUACUGCAAAGACUCUCCCAAAGAUCAGCUAUGCUUAUGAUGCUCUUGAGCCCCAUAUCGAUGAGGCAACCAUGACUCUGCAUCAUACCAAACAUCAUCAGGCUUAUACCGACAAUCUUAACAAGGCUCUUGUUGAACUGUCGCAGUGUGCAGCGUUUACUGAAAAGGCAUCGUUUUCAUCCAUUGAAGAUCUCCUGCGUAUUAUUGCUCGCGAGGAUGCAGGAAAGACUGAACCACUCCCCUGGCCAUCUCCAAAGGUCCGUCAGACUGUGCGUAACAAUGGCGGUGGUUACGUGAACCAUGGCAUCUACUUUUCGAAUAUGGGACCAGAGAAGCUUGCUCUGAAUGCCGACGCCGAGUUUGGCAAACAGCUUGUCAAGUCGUUUGGAUCCAUCGAGACAUUCAAGCAGCAGUUUACAGCAGCAGCUCUUGGUGUAUUCGGAUCUGGUUGGGUGUUUCUUACUUGGACUCCUUCGAGUUCUACCAUGUCAAUCGUGACCACUGCCAAUCAAGAUCAUCCCGAGUUUGCACCUCAGUUUGCAGGUACUGGUGCCAUGACUUUACUUGCUCUUGAUGUCUGGGAACAUGCCUACUAUGUCAAAUACCGCAAUGUUCGUGCCAACUACGUUGCUGCCUGGUGGAAUGUCAUCAACUGGACCGAUGUUUGUACUCGUUUCCAAGGUGGUGCUGCCAAACUGUAAACCAACAGCAACAACAUUGAUCAUUGCAGCAUUUAUAUUUUGUCAAGCAAUCCAACUUGAUAUCAUGAAUCAAUACAAGAUUGUUAUAUCGA